AGGGCCGGUUUGGUUGCGCAGGGUGGGUGGUUGCGGGGCCGCAGCGUCGAGUGUGACUGAGCCGAGCCCGGAGCCGCGUCCCCCGCCCGGCGGCCCCGCCCCGCCCCGCCCCGCCCGCCAUGGAGUCCUACGACAUCAUCGCCAACCAGCCCGUGGUCAUCGACAACGGUUCCGGGGUUGUCAAGGCCGGCUUUGCUGGUGACCAGAUCCCGAAAUACUGCUUCCCAAACUAUGUGGGGCGCCCAAAGCACGUCCGGGUCAUGGCAGGGGCGCUGGAGGGGGAUCUCUUCAUCGGCCCCAAAGCAGAGGAGCACCGGGGCCUGCUGUCCAUCCGCUACCCCAUGGAGCACGGCAUCGUCCGGGACUGGAACGACAUGGAGCGGAUCUGGCAGUACGUGUACUCCAAAGACCAGCUGCAGACCUUCUCCGAGGAGCACCCGGUUCUCCUGACGGAAGCCCCCCUAAACCCCUGCAAGAACCGUGAGAAGGCAGCUGAGGUUUUCUUCGAGACCUUCAACGUUCCAGCGCUUUUCAUCUCCAUGCAGGCCGUCCUCAGCCUCUACGCCACGGGCCGCACGACGGGAGUGGUGCUAGACGCGGGGGAUGGCGUCACACACGCGGUGCCCAUCUAUGAGGGCUUCGCCAUGCCGCACUCCAUCAUGCGGGUGGACGUGGCCGGGCGAGACGUCUCACACUACCUCCGUCUGCUGCUGCGCAAGGAGGGCUACGGCUUCCACACCUCGGCCGAGUUCGAGGUGGUCAAGAUGAUAAAGGAGCGGGCCUGCUACCUGUCCAUUAACCCCCAGAAGGACGAGGCGCUGGAGACGGAGAAGGUGCACUACAGCUUGCCAGACGGGAGCACGCUGGAGGUGGGCCCGGCCCGCUUCCGAGCCCCUGAGCUGCUCUUCCAGCCGGACCUGGUGGGGGACGAGAGUGAAGGAAUCCAUGAGGUCCUGGCCUUUGCCAUCCAGAAAUCCGACCUGGAUCUGCGGCGGACGCUCUUCGCCAACAUCGUGCUGUCCGGCGGCUCCACGCUCUUCAAAGGGUUUGGGGACCGGCUGCUCAGCGAGGUGAAAAAACUUGCCCCAAAGGAUGUCAAAAUUAAGAUCUCUGCCCCGCAGGAGCGACUGUACUCCACGUGGAUAGGUGGCUCCAUCCUGGCCUCGCUGGACACCUUCAAGAAGAUGUGGGUGUCCAAGAAGGAGUAUGAGGAGGACGGGGCGCGGGCCAUCCACCGCAAGACGUUCUAGGGUGCGGGGCCAGCGGGCAGCUGGUGGGUGGGGGAGCUCGGCCAGGGCGUGUCCUCCCGUUACCCCUUUCCAAUCCAGGGCUGCUAGCACCAGUCCCUCCCCCGGGGCCUCGUCGGCCCCCUCGCUCCCCCCAUCAGCUGGACCCCUCCGAGCCGCUCGUCUGUGCGCACACGGCCCCCAGGCCUGGCCUUGAUCCCUGCUGCCCUGGCCACGCCCUGCACCUGUGGGGAUGCCGGCAGCCUCAGCCCUCAACCCCUUGGUGCCUUCAGAGCCCCUGUGGCCGGGGGGCUUCGUGUGAUGGGCGCAGCCUCCACCCGCCCCUCCUUGCGCAGUGCCCCAGCCCGAGGGGCCAGGGUGCCCUAGCCUGCCCUAGACUCUUUAGUGAUCGUUGGAAGCCCAGCAAGGGCAUCUGGGGGCAUCUGAGGGUAGGUGGGGCUCCUAGUUCUAGCCCUAGGAGAGCCCGCCUGGGGCACAUGGAUCCAGCGCCCACUGGCCACCCUCAGCCCCUGCUGCUCAGGAGGGGUGGGAGCCACCCCCAGAGGCCUGGAGCAAAGCCCUGAUGGCAUGAGGAUGGGUGGGCUCGGCUCCCCCCCUUCAGGGCCGUGCUGGGGCCAAGCUCCUUCCAAUGGGGGCACCUGAGCAGCUGGCUCUGCCCUUGCUCCCUAGGCCCCUCCCCCAGUCUGGCGCAGCUCCUGCUCUGGGGCAGAUUCCCUCUCGCUGUGGAGGCAAGCUGGGGUCUAGCUCGCUCUGGCCCAGGCAGGGCUGUGGUUGCCAGCCCUGGGCGCAGCCUUGGAGUCACAGCCCCUAGCUUACUAGAGCCGUGUGAUCAAAGCCUGGAGAGUAGCUGCCUUGUGGUACUAUACUAGCCCCCUGCAUUAGCCACACCACAGCCUCUGGUAGCCAUGGCCCCUUACCCUGUGCCUGGAGGGGGGUCUCUGGAGCCCUGGGGCAGGGCAGUGGCAACCCUGGAUUAGAAAGGGGUGAACCCUGGAACUUUUUUUAAAGGGCAGCACCUCAAUCACCUGCCCCAGAGCGAGGCGAAGGGCUGUGGGGCGCCUGGCUGGGCAGAGCUCAGCUCUCUUGCCAGGGCUAGCGGCCUGUGUCUGGCUCCCGGCUUCUCCUGUUACCACCCUGCUGUGGGGCUGCCGGUGCCCUGGAGGCCCCUACCCAUGCCCGGCUGCAAUGUACAAAACUGAACACAGUUGCCUGUAUUUUUUUUUGUAAAUUCAUUAUAGUAAUAAUUAUAAAUUAA